AUGGAGAUGUGUGUGUAUAAAUACAAGGCAGAAGCAGCACACGGCAGACUCUCCACACAGAGCUCUACAUCCACACAUGGCUCCUACAGCCACUGCAGCAAUGGACCCCUCUCAGGACCUCAGCCUCUGUCACAAGCUGAGAAUCCUGUGGUGGAGAAACUGCGCAGAGAGAGGAUCAACAGCAGCAUUGAGAAGCUCAAGUCUCUCCUGUGUACAGAGUUCCUCCAGCAGCAGUCAGACUCCAAGCUGGAGAAAGCAGACAUCCUGGAGAUGACCGUCACUGUGCUCACACGUCUGCAGCAGCAGCACUUCCUGUCCCAGAGCCUCAUGAAGAGCCCUCAGCAGAGACACUGCACUGAGCUGCACAAGCAGAGCAGCUUCUGUAAAGACAAGAGUCCAGUGAACGGCGCCCCCUGGAGGCCCUGGUAG